AUGGAGUUUGAGUGUGAAGACUGCCAUGAGAAGUUUUUAUAUAUGCGGAACCUUAUCAGGCACAAGGAGCUUGGAGAGAUGGAGCUCCUGCAGCAGCUGAACCGCGAUUCUCCUGCGAGCAGUGUGGAAAGACAUACAGGAGCCGAAAGCAGCUUAGAGAUCACAUCAAUGUCCACAAUCGCGAUUUCAAAUGCAGACAGUGUGGCAGUGUCUUUAAGCGAAAACAUUCGCUGGAGAUUCAUGUACGCUUCCGAUGUCCAGCCACCAGUGGGCAGAGAACGAUCAACGAUCCUGGCACAUCAACAUCAUUUUACAACGACCCGUCGUCAUCCAGCACGCAGACCGUCGAUCCCGGCCCGUCAACGUCAGCAGUUUACAACGACCCGUCGUCAUCCAGCACGCAGACCGUCGAUCCCGGCCCAUCAACGUCAGCAGUUUACAACGACCCGUCGUCAUCCAGCACGCAGACCGUCGAUCCCGGACCAUCACCGUCAGCAUUACCGACAGACCCGGUACCGUUGA